AGUGUGUGAAAGGAUUUCACUAUAGUGUGUGAGAGGUGUUUCAGUAAAACCGGAAGGCAUUUCAGUCAAAACGGAAGGUGUUUCAGUAAAACCGGAAGGGCUUCCGUUCAACAAAAAUGCGCAAUUCACAGCGCGAUUCAUGUGUUGAUCGUCAGCCACGUUUUUCGCAACAAAAUGUCUGCCCAACAGCCUGCAAGCAGCCUAACCAAGGCAGCAGCGUUACUUCACACUGUACUGGCGUCAGCGGAGACCAUCAGAACCUUGUCAAAUGCGACAACAGUCGGGCAGCAACCGACCGUUGCAACUUCAAGCCGCGACACACUGGACAGUCACAUAGCGUCGCUUUUUGGCAGCAUGACACUGCCAACUGCAGCUCCAGUCCAGAGAGUGUGUGCGCCGCAUUAUCAAGCGCAACGCUUCAGCUCUUGGACAUCAUCCACGAGGAGGAAAAGGACUGGGACCACCAGACUGUUUUAGAACGCAUCAGGGAUGGCUUUGGUGAGCACAUUCCAGACGAUGUCAGCUCUAAGAGAGGACUGGUACUACAUUGCUGGCAAAGCCAUUGCAGUGAGAUUGGUACAUGGCGGUCCACCACCAAACCUCCUCUCGCAGACAUAGCUGACACAGAACUCUUGGAAAAAGUCAAAAAGAUUCUGUGAAGGACUGAAAACUCUUGGGGUUCUGGACCAAAUACGACGACAUCCAGACAGCUUUCGACCCCUGUUCUGCUAUGAGCCGAACACACUGACCGCUAACCAAGUGGAUGAUCUUUUCAGCAUUCGUCUCUCUCCAGAAGGGAGCAACAAGAGAGCUGCUGAGGAGAUGGUCGUUACUUUCUGGAGGGACUAUCUCCAAGAUGCAGAAGAAGAAGGGCCAUCCAAACUAGAGAAGAUAUUGGCCUUCACAACUGGAGCAUCUGUGGUACCACCUAUCGGCUUUUCCCCAACUCCUUCUGUCCAGUUUAUUCACAAAGGAGAUGAUGGCUUCUCUACAUCAAUGUUCCCUCUUGCCAACACAUGUGUUAACUGCAUCAACUUGCCACUACAUGUGUCUUACCAACUGUUCAAGGAGAAGUUUGACUUUGCAUUAGGAAACACAUAUGGGUUUGGCAGGGCAUGAACAUGUCAUGCUCUGAAAAAUCUUUCUGUCUGUGUCUCACUUUCUCUGUUUGUCUCUACCUUUCUGCUUGUCUCAGUCUGUUUUCUGAAAAAAGUUUAAAACAAGACAGUUAUUUUUAUUUCUGAAUGCCGUAUGCAAUAUAACUUAUGUAUUUUAUAUAGUUUCACAACAAUUCAGUUGACUCAGUCAGCCUAUGUAUUUACAUUUAUUUGUAACGGCAUGUUUCAUAUUCUUACCAAACUUUCUUUUAACAUAUACUUGUUUCGACAGUUAAAAUUUAAACAAUUAAGCUGAACAUAUGCUCUGUAUCCCUUUCUGUGACUCACUAAUGUCGCUUCUUUGUCUAUCAAUCCGUUUGCUUCUCUGAUGUGUCUGUCUGUUUCUUCCUCUGCCUGUUUAAGUCUCUGUUUGCCUCUCUUGUCCUGUCUUUGAAUGUUCGUUCCUUUGAACAAAUGUUUAUCAUGUUCAUUUAUUUUUCAUAAAAUGUUUUACAAUGUUUUAACAAAACUUUAAUUCACAGAAUACACUGCACAAGUGAAGAAAACAUUUUAACAAACCUUAACAUAACUCCCAUGUUAUUCACU